AGGUCAAUAAUAUGAAAAUAUAAAAACUAUAUAUAAAUAUAGAAUGAUUAAAAAAUCAUUCAUUCGUACUUUAAAAUGAUGAUUACUGUACAUAUAAAGGCCUCUUCCAAGAUUUUUUGACCUACCUGAAAUAUUAUGUUUCAAGGAUGACCAUUUGUUUAUAUUUUUUGCUAAAAAAGGCGAACUUCCGAUAACGGAUGUUUGAACAAACUAUUAUUGAGAAAAUAUGAAAAUAAACCCGUCACAGCUAACCUGCAGACUAAGCGAAUUUCAACUUGUCUGAUUACAUUUUUACUCAAAUAUAUUUCCAUAAAUAAGACAUAUUAUUUAUUCCCUAUUUAUUUAAAUAACAUUAGAUUUAACGAGUGCUUAGGUUUGCUGCUACGGGGAAGGUAAAAAGUGUUUGUUGACCAUACGUCAAUAGGAUGAAAUAAAUAAAUUUGCCAAAUUUUAUCAAUAUAUGUCCAUAAACAAGUAAACUACAAAAAUUUUCAUUUUCUCCAUAAGAAUAACAUGAGAAUUUUAAAUUACACUAUUUUUGAAUUUUCUCCGUGACCGUUAAGCAUACAACAGCGCUUCAAUAUACUAAAUUAUUUCUUAUUUUAAGCUCUACAAAACGGUUUGAAAAGAAAUUGCAAAAUUUUUUGUUUUUAGGGUCAAAACGGGAAAACCCCAUUUUUACCCCAUAAAACCCCGUUCCCAUGGUCCGAAUAUGCUGGAUCACGAACUCGUUCGAAUAAACGUAGGUUUUUACCAUGAGUACUACGGUAAUACCUUAUUCCCUUUAUGGGAAAUUCGCUAAAAUAAGAACAGUAUUCAAGAAAUGUGAAAUAGGGCUGCUUUUCAAAAGUUAUAGCAUUUUUCUAUAACAUUUUAUUUUAUUUUAAUUUACCUUUCAAGGUUAAGAACUAAGAACCAAUUUAAAAUGGUAUACAAUGGUGACUUAUUCUAAAGUAAACAUUACAUACUAAUAUUAUUUUUUUAAGAUGACAUGCAAUAUACAAAUAAAUACAAAAUUGCAGAAACUGUUAAAAGUACCCCGGUCCUAGGCAUCGUGUCAUAAACUAGGGUCGGUCUCUGAAGGGUUAAAUCAAAUAAUCCGUUAUAACAUUUAUAUCGUUCAAUGGAAUUAAAAUAUUGCAAGAGAAAAUCUGUAAGUAUUGUGUAACAUAUUAAUAUUAUUUUAGCUGUAUGAUUCUGUAUCAUAAUACAACCACCCGAUAGCAUUUCUUAAUUUAUUUAGUUUUGGUAAUCUAAUUAUUAAUUAUGUUUUUGGGAGUGUUAGCUUCAAAUUUCAUUGAGUUACAGUUAUACUUACAGUUGCAGUUAUAGUUGUUAAGUUUAUUACUGUGUCUUAAAAAAUCCGGAGGUGGCACUUUAUUUUCUGAAUAACUGUAGCUAAUGCAAGAAAGUAUUGCAAAUGAAUACGAUACUAAUAAAUCUACGUUAAGAAGUUCUUUGUGUGGUUACUUAGCGAUAUUGAGUGGAAGCUUGACAGGACGCACUCUGAACGAACAGUUAUUAAGAGUCCUUGGAGCCUAGACGUUCUAACUCUUAAAAUUAGCAAUAAAAACCUACAUAGAAAAAUUUUAAUCUCAUAGUUAGAUGGAUAUUUAAAUUACAAUCAUUCUGGUAAAAAAAAAUAUUUUUAGAUGGCAAAUACACUCUUCAGUGGCUGUUUGAAAUUAACGAAAUUAGCAAUGCUCUUAUGGCGGGCAAGUCCAAGAUGGCCGUUAGCUUUUUAUGGACUCCCUUGCCCUUAGAGAACAAUUCCAAACUACAAAAAAUAACAUUUAUAGCCUCACAGUGCACCAUAUUGAUAGGCACUUGAAUGCAUUUAUUGCUUCGUGUCUCAGGACAGAUGAAUAAAAACAAUUCUUAUUUUUACCACGCAAUAGAGGACACAAUACGUUGGUGGUUAGUGAUGGGUAAAACCAUAUGGUAAAACUCCAUGGGUAAGGCACAUACUAUACGGACGCUAAAUUUGUCGUGUAAAAUACAUUGCGCUAUUUUUCCUUUGAAUGACAAUGUAAGUCUAUUGGAACGACUAUACGAGCGCAGUCAACGGGGCGCACUACCCUCCAAAAUCGACACAUUUUUACGCAACCAGUCCUGGAAAAACGAUAGCAGAGGGUCGAGUUUGAAAAUAUAGAUAGCGCAGCGCAACGAAAAGGGCCGGACUAAUACGGACGCUGUUUUAUAAGAUGCGUCGCUCGCAUUGAGUAGUUGUGCUUCUGUGCGAAAUUUGGCGUUUAAAAUAUUUUCAAACUCUGUGUUUAGUUAGUAGGCUACUUGAAAAUAUCAUAAAGAACUAUUUCCUCCUAUUUAACUAUAUUUUAUUGGAGUUUUAUCUUAACAAUUAGCCAUUUCCAAAGUUUUACCUUUAUGUAUAGCCUAUUUUUACAUAAUAGUCUGCAGUAACUUCAUACAUAUAAGUUACUUCUUUUAGUAUUUCUUGUUAUUACUAAUUAGACACUGAUACCAUACAGCACCGAUCUGCACUGCAUCCAUAUUAGUAACUUGCAAAAAUGAUGUAUAAAUUGCGCCUAGGGGUGAGUGAUCUUGGAAGCAACGUGGUGGUUUCUGCGCUCGUAUAGUCUGACCAAUCGGAGCGUUGACGCAAAAACUGUGCGGCACAUUUUGUGUCCGUUUAGAACUACUUAUGCGCCGAACCUUCGCGUAAACGCGACGCAUUUAUGUGACGCAUUUAGCGUCCGUAUAGUAUGGGCCUAAGACUCACGUUGACUUUUAUUAAAAAUGCCACUGGCGUAUGAAAAAAACUAGAAAAAACGGCUACCUUUUUAGCUAUAAAUAGCUUUUAGUUCCUUCUCAUACCCUGAUUUAAUGAAAUGUGUAAAAUAACCCUACAUAAAAUUAUCCAUUACAGAUUUAGUGGACCGAUGCAGUAGUUUUGCUGCCGCAAAUCAUGACUCUACACAAUUAACACGCAUUUGUCUCUUAUCAGUUUACUCUGUAAUCCCUUUUCCUGUUAUAGUUUUUAAUUUGGAAAUGUUUAGUUAAUUCCGAAAAGAUAAAUCUAACAAACAAACUACAACAGUACUCAAUAUAACACUAUAAAAUUUUUCAUUGUAAGCUAUAGGUUACAGUAUUAAUAAAAUCAUAGCUUAUCAUGAUUAGUUUUAAGAAUAUUUCCGAAUUCCGACUUUACUUGCCUUUGCAUGACAAUCAACGAAUGUCAAAUCAAAGCCAACCGGUCAACCAAUCGACGACCCAUCUGUCAAAACGCGAAAACGCCAACGCCAAGGCCAACGCUUUGGAAUUUGGAAUCCUUCGUGUAGAUUUUGGUUAUGUGGCAAAUCGUCUUCUUGAUUAUUGAUUACGUCUAAUAAUAUAUUUCAAUUUUACACCUACACAUAAAUAAUGGAGUUUAUUUACGGAUUGCCAUUUUUAGUUUUAGAAGUCCCUAAUUUGAAAAUAAAGCGCCCAUCAUGGUUUCAACAACCCUCUGCAAUGGUUAUGUUUUCAUUAGUUUUACUAUCCUAUUUUCUGGUAACGGGAGGGAUCAUCUAUGAUGUGAUUAUUGAACCUCCUAGUGUUGGCUCUACUACAGACGAACAUGGCCACUCCAGACCUGUGGCGUUUCUGCCAUACAGAGUGAACGGACAGUACAUCAUGGAGGGUUUGGCAUCCUCGUUCCUUUUCACUCUCGGAGGUCUCGGAUUCGUUGUUCUCGACCACACUCACAACCCGAGCACUCCAAAACUAAACCGCAUUCUUCUCAUUGCGGUCGGCUUCCUGUGCAUCAUCAUCUCAUUUUUCACCUGCUGGGUGUUCAUGCGAAUGAAGUUGCCAGGAUAUCUUCGCUCGUAGAUUCCAUCUUCCAACAAUUUCACAUCCUGCAUUUACUUUUGUUCUCAUCAGCGUAUGACCAAAAAUCAACUUUUUUAAGAUUUACAUUUUAUUGUAAUAAGUCAUAAGUUUGAGGAUUAUAUGUUCAACUAUUUUGUA